UGACGCCCAAGAGAAGAACAAGUGGGACAGAAAGAUUUCCUUUCAGCUCUGACCUAUUAUGACCGUGUCACUUCCGUGUUCCGCACACCUGUUACACCUGUAUUACAGCGCAGUCCCGCAUAUAGGUACGAAUCCCUCAGCUCCGCCGGUGCGCACCUGCUUUCCUAUUGUGCCAUGACCGAAGGAUUUACCGAGUGUGACUUAACAAGCUCGUCUCCUACUACUUCUGUAGAGACUUUAAAUGUCGUAAACCAUCUGAAGAUUGAACCCGAGCAGCCUAUAUUCGCCGUGCUGACCGGUGGUAUGAAGGAGCAGGAGCAGCAGCAGGAGCAGGAGGAGGCGCACAUCGGGGAGUCCAGGCCGAGCACCUGCGACGGCAGCAGGGAGGGAGCAAACUCACCGAAGGCUGCCGCCUCCGACACUGAGUCCGGCAUCUUCUCCGUGGAGAGCGAGCUUUGCGCGGAGCACGACUCUGAGCUGGACUGGUUCUGCGGAACCGAGCAGAAACUCAUCUGCUCCCGCUGCGCGAACGCGGGCCCCUGCCGGGAACACAGCGUGGCCCCGCUGGCCCGCAGAGUCAGCGCGAUCAGGAACCAGCUGGUGGAUGUGUGUGAAAAAAUCCAGCUGCAGGCGCUGAGGAUCGAGAAGUUCAUCCAACAAACACUGACAGCCAAAGAUCAAAAGUUGCAGGCAUCAGCAAGCAGGGCGAGGGAGCAGGUGCUCGCCCAGGUCAGUGCCGCCCGCGAGGCACUGGAGGAGGAAGAGCAGCGCCUCCUGGAGCAGGUGCAGAGGGAGGAGGAGCGGGUUGAGCAGUGCCUCCUCACCCAGAGAGCUCAUUGGAACCACGCUCUGAUGAGUCUGUCGCAAACACGCUCCCGCUUGGUGCACACGCUGACGCACACUGCAGACGCACAGCUGGUGACCAGUGUCCAGGAGAUUGCUGAAAGGGUGGAGGAUGCCGAGGGGGUCGGGGAGCCGUGUGACACCGAUCAGCUCAACCUGAAUCCAGUCUGUACUGACAGCAAGCUGCUGAGGGGCCUCUGGGCGACUGCUCUGCUGCUGGGGCCCAAGGCUUAUGGAUCACCUGUGAUAAAGUUUGAUGAGCGCACAAUCAGCCCACUCCUCUCCCUCUCUGAAGACUUACACACUUUGACAUUUUUCCAAAAGAAGCCUCGCCAGUCUCCUUCGUACGACCCGGCUCGCUUUGACUCCUGGCCCAACGCCUUGGGAUCUCUGUCCAUGUCCUCCGGCACCCACAGCUGGGUGGUGGACGUCGGCAAGAGCGGCGCCUUUAAGGUUGGGGCCUGCUACGCCUCUAUCGAGCGCAAAGGUUCUGGAAACGAGGCAAGACUGGGCUACAACAGUCAGUCGUGGGUGCUGUCCCACUACGACGGCGAGUACUCCUACUGUCACGCAGGCAAGAAGGUGCCCCUGCAGGUGAUGAAGAGACCCCAGAGAAUCGGCCUGCUACUGGACUGGUUGAGCCAGACGCUGCUGUUUUACGAGCCGGACUCUGGCACUGUGCUGUAUUCUGUCACUCAGCCCUUCAGUGCUCCACUGCUGCCAGCGUUUGCUGUGACUGACCGUAGUAUCACCAUACUGCACUGAUAAACUGAAUGAGCGUUAAAUGUUAAAAGCAGCAGGCAGAGACGUUUGUGUGAACAGGAGCUCUGUGCAAUAAAGAAAAAGUCCAACUGCAUCAGUUUUUAUUUAUAAAUUUUUUCUCAUUUGUUUUGUAUAAUUUUUAGUAAUGUUUUAGGUUUAUUAUUUUUAUAUGUUGAUUAUAAUACACAGUUGUGCCAUUAUGUAAUUACUUUGACUGAAAAUUAUUGUUUUUAACAACAAGAUUGUUUGUGUUUGUAAUAAGAAAAGAGCUUCAAGGUUUAUUUUGUAUUAAGUAAAGCUUCUAAACUUUAUAGAAAGCAAAAAUGACCCUGCAUUUUGAACAAUUUAGUACAGAAGUUUGUUUGCCUAGUAAAGUGAUUGUUAUUGUUUAAUGUCUGUGUGACUUUUUUGUACUGUGUUAAUUCAUGAAAGGAUAUGGUUUUCUGGUUUGUGUAAGCUGCAGCUUACUGGGUUAGAGUACAUUGCCUAACAGCAUUUAUUUCCUCCUGUCAUUAGGCCAAAGGUUUGUACGUCACAUACAAGUUUGAAAUACUUUGCAACUUUGAACCUCUUGUUUAAAAUGAAAGAAAAUUAAGACAUAUACAAUGAAGAGGCAUAUACGUACAGCACAGUAAAGCAAAAACCAUUAAAACCUGAUGAGAUAACAAAUAAAUUACGUACAAAAGUA